AUGUGUGAAAAUCACGUUAUAAACUCUUUAUUUACGGGCUUCCAAAGUAAUAUGGAUAAGGAGCAAGAAAUACGAGAGGUUAUAAGAAAUAUCUGCAAGGAUGUCGGUCAAAUAUCGCGGGAAGCGACCACAGUGCUUCAAGUAAUCCACCACAAUGAAGCCGGCAUCAAUCCUGCUUGCCUUAAAGCUAGGGAAUUGUUUGAGAAGGCUCGGGAAGGAUACGCCAGACUGACUGAAGCUCUGCCUCCUAAUGAUUACUACAAAUACCAGGAACACUGGCGCACCAUGACACAGCGCUACUGCUUUCUGAUUGCGCUUACUAUCUGGUUGGAGACAGGGAUACUCGCCACACACGACACUAUUGCUCAAGUGCUCGGCAUAAGUGCUCUUGAAAGGAAGACUGGUUUCCACCUGGAUAUAGAGGAUUACCUCAAUGGACUGCUGCAGCUGUGUUCUGAACUGUCUCGUCUGGCGGUAAACUCAGUAACUCGCGGCGACUUCGAGAAACCGAUGCAGAUCUCCAAGUUCGUCAUGGAGUUGAAUGCAGGCUUCAGGCUACUAAACUUGAAGAACGAUCACCUGCGCAAACGCUUCGAUGUACUCAAGUACGAUGUGAAGAAAAUAGAAGAAGUUGUCUAUGAUCUCAGUAUUAGGGGACUACGGCCGAAACCAGAGCCAGUUGUCGAUGGUUAA